AUGGCAUAUCAAGUUUCUGUAGCUUCCUGGAUAAGGAGACAUGGACAAAAAUAUUUCCUCCUUAUUGUGUGGAUAUGUGGUUGUUUGUUUUUAUUCUACCGAACAUUCUAUUACUUUAAAGAUGAUCCUUCAUUUUUCUACGUUCGUCAGAUAUUAGGGGUUUCGAUGUGCAUAUCACGUGGUACUGCUAGCAUUCUUAAUCUAAAUUGUGGACUAAUAUUAUUACCUACAUGUCGCUGUAUACUUACAUUCAUAACAUAUCUUAAUUCAAAGGUCAGAAUUUCAACAAUACGAGUUAUACUGGAGUCAUGUAAAGGUUUUCAUAAAGUCUGUGCUAUUACCAUAAUAUUGUCUUCUGUAAUACAUGUUAUUGGUCAUAUCUUUAACGCUUUGAAAUAUUCUCUGUAUUAUAACUAUCAAUAUCCUGAGGUAAAUGGUGCUUCUUACCCAAACCAGAACCCUAUUUUCAUCAUUCUAUGGACAGUAUCUGGUGUGACUGGUUUACUAAUGGCUUUAAUUCUAGUCCUCAUAGUUACUUCAAGUUAUAAACAUAUCAGAGAUUCUAAUUAUGAAGUAUUUUAUUACACACACCGGCUGAUAUUUAUUUUCUACGGUUUAUUAUUAAUACAUGCUGUGAAGGAGUCGUGGGUUUGGAUCGUUGUACCUUUGAUAUUGUAUAUAGUUGACGGUAUAAUACGUAUAUUUAAUAGAAAAACAACAACUAUUACCAAAAUUACGGCGUACACUGGUGAUGUUAUAGAACUUCAGUUGAAAUGUGAUGGAUUGAAAGCAAUACCGGGACAGUAUGUUCUAUUGAAGUGCCCAAGAAUUUCAUUAUUUGAAUGGCAUCCAUAUUCUAUCACUAAGUGUCCUGAUAAAUCGUCGAGUGGUUUCAACUUGUGUUUACGACAUAAAGGAGAUUGGUCAGGAAAUAUACACAAGGCAUUUAAUACUGAACUACAUUAUGAAGACAUAGUGAGAUCUCCAGAACUAAAAGUUGAUGGACCGUACAGUUCACCAUUAUGUGAAAUGAACCAAUCUAAACUAGCUGUAUGUAUUGCAGGUGGUAUAGGUGUUACUCCUUUUAUAAGCUUCUUACUUAAACUACGCUAUAAAGUUGGCAAAUUAAAGAAGUUAUAUUUUAUAUGGAUAGUUAGAGAUUUGAGUCAUUUAGCAUGGUUCAUGGAAGAUAUAUUACUAUCGCAUCAGUUGUUGGAAAGGAAGUUUCCAAAUAGCUUAGAGGUACAAUUCUAUGUUACUAAUAGUGAUAGUACAACAGAACAGAGACACUUUUCUGAAGAUUCUCUAAAUUUCAUUCAGCCACGAACCAUGUUCCACAGACCUGAUUGGGCUAACGUCUUAUCUUCAGUAUCCCAUCUCCAUUGUAGGAAAACUGUAGAUGUAUUUGUUUGUGGACCAAAGCAAUUGAUAUAUGAUGUUAGAAAGAUUACUUUGAAAUGUUGUAACAAGACGAACCGAUUUCUGUUAUUUGAAGAAUCUUUUUGA